UCUCUCUCUCUCAAAAUAAAUAAACAUUAAAAAAAUUUUUUUAAGUUUGUUGAAUUAAUUAACAAAGGAAUAAAUAAAUGAAGGUCAUUAGUGACUUGCCCAGGAUUGAUAUAGCCAGACAGACCAUGGCCAGGCAUUCUAAAUUUUAGUGCAUGUUACUAGCCUUCUCACAAAGACCUUGUCCUCAAUUGUUCUGAAUUACUGCAACCAAAGCAACUUCACAACUCAUGUCCAAUUUCUCGACCCUACCAUUUUCUAAGGAUGGAAUUUAUGCAGCAAGGAGAUGCGAUAUGUAUAGCAAUUUUUUUCCAAGAAAUACAUGCUAUCUUUUUGCUCUAUUUCGAAGGGUUUUUUUUUUAUGAUAAACCAUGCCGCUAUUUAAAACUUGUAAAGCUUUUUGAGAUUCUCAGAAGAAAUAUAAGGCAUAGAUCACAAAGAACAGUUUUAUCUCUUGCAAUAGGAUUUCCUGUUCAAAAAAAUGAUGUUAAUUUGAAAAGCUGAUACCUCCAAAAGAGCAUUCUAUUAGGUGGGUAAUCAUCAUCAUAUUGCCAUCUGCUGUGUAUACCCUUCUCUUAAGAAUGAAAAAGUAAAAAUCCACUUUGUUGUGUACAAGUGCCUUGCGUGUUUUAUAAAAUCCACAUAAAAUGGUCAGUGGUUGGAGGAGAGGCUCCUGUAUUUAUAAGACAAAUAAGUUCACUGUCACCCCUGAAGAAACUUGAAGAUAUGAUUCUCAGGGGUGUUUGGUGCCUUGGAUGAAAAUGGAAUCAUUAUUUUUCAACUUCCCCUGCUCACGUCAUUGACUCCCACCUGCAGCCGGUCCAUUGGUUAUAAGUAGCCAUAAAUGGCCUUGCAGAUUGUAAGCAGGGUAGCCAACCAGGACCAGCAAAGCCAAACUUCUGGUAAGCUUUAUUAGCCCUUUCUGUGUAUUUCAUUUCCAUUUCACAUUUUGGAGUCAGAGACAAUCCAUACUUAUGCUGAUGUGGUGUGAGUCUGUCUGAGAUGUGUGUAUAAGGUGCAUUUCUCAGUUUUUAGUAUAUCUUUUGUUUUUUCUCCUCCUCCUCCUCCUCCUCCUCCUCCUCCUCCUCCUCCUUUGUUUAUUGAGACUGCUAUCUUAAUACAUGCGUAUGCUUUUUUUUUUUUUUAAGACUUGCACUUUCUUUGGAGACAACAAAGUGCAUUUUUUUCGAAGAUGAAAAAGCGUACUCAGACUUUCUGGGUUGUAUUCAUAAUUGCUUUGCUCAUCACUGUAUAACAUUAUCAUCAUAGACUCCUUUAAGCUAAUAAACUGGAUUUGGGGGUCUUCAUAUGCAAAUAAACAUGGGGAAAAAAGGGCUGCAAAAUUCAGGUGCACCAAUAUACUAUUUUUUCCUCCCUGUCUCUCUAAAAAUGUUUCCUCUUUCUCUUUUUACUUUCGCCCUCCCUUCUCUCCUCCUCCCUCUUCCUUCACCUUCCUGCUACCCCUCCAACUCCUCCUUCUUCUUUUCUUUCCCUCUUUUCUCUCAGACCAUUGAUAUCUCCCGAUCCUGCCUUCCACUCAGCUUCGUUCCACCAUGCCCAAAGCAGUCCUGCUGCUGUGUAUUGUCCUGGUGCUACUUGGGCUUGUGCCUGGAGCCACAGUGAGAAACGGAGAGAAAUGGAAGCCGCUCAACAAUCCCCGGAACAGAGAGCUGUUUUUCAGAACCCUUCAGGCAUAUCUUAAGGGAAGAGGUCUUGAUCUUGGGAGAUUUCCGAACACUUUCUCCAUGAAUGAGAAUCCCAGACCCCUCUCUUUCCAAUCAGAACUUCUUGCUUCUGCAUUUGCAGAUUAUGAAGAGCAGAAAAACUCCUUUCCUAAUUACGUCAAAGGCUGAAUGUUUCCUCUGAACACAGGUGUCUGGCUAUUUUAAAACUACAGAUCAAGCUUCCCAUCAGAAAAAAUUCAAUCAUGGUCAUGGCUAAACCUUUUCCCUCUCCACUUUUGUCAAUUUAUAAUGGUUUUAUUCUACAUUUCCAGAUUUACAUUUAAAUGGGUCGAGCUUUGGGACAUAUGUGA